UUCCAUUGCAGCCUUCAUGGCGUUGAUGGCUCUGUUCUUUCUUUACCUCAGCAACAAGCGGUCAGUGGAGAGUCCGGCAGAUCUGUCACAUCUCACUGGUUAUACGAACACCAAUCCAGUGUCUCUGAUGAGAUAAUCCAGCGCGGCCCGGCGCGGUGACGGUGAGAGAUGGCCUUCUUCAAGAGCUUCCAGCAGAACCUCCCGUCCGUCAACAUUUCCUCCCUCCUGGACUCGGUCACCAGCCGCGUGGACGACCUGGCCAACGCCGUCAGCGACGCCACGUACGCCGUCAGCGACCAGCUGACGGAGCAGGUCACCACCAUCAUCGGCAAGGUCCAGGACGAGGAGGACGGGGAAAACGGUCGCAUUUCCGCGGCGCAGGAAGGGGGGAGCAAGGCCGCCAGCGCCGCCUCCUCGAAGGCCAACCCCUCCGGCGGCGCGGACGAGGCCGAGAGCAACCCCGGCCAGCUGGAGUGGGAGUGGAGGGACGGGUGCUGGCGCGUGAGAAAGACGGAGGCCGAGAUGGCAGAGGAGGCGAGGAGGAAGCAGGAGGAGAGGGAGCUGCAGGAGAGGAAAGAGCAGAGGAGAAAGGAAAGGAGAGAAAAGCAGCGAGCGAUGGAAGCCGCGGCGCGGGAAAACAGGGGGGGAUCCCCGGAUGGAGAGCAGGAAGAGGAAGCCGGUGCUUCAGAUCAAAAAGACAACCGGGGCGGACGAGACGGCGCCACCGCUCCACCUCCUCCAUCACCUGCUCCCGAGACUGGGAGCAGGCCGUCGAAGCCGAAAAGCCCAGAGGAAGGUGGGAAAGAAGACGUGGAGGCAGCAGACAGCCCGGAGAGGGAAGGAGACGACGAGGAGGAGGCCGAGCUUCCUAAAUCCUCCUCGAUGAUGAAGAAAAAGAAAAAGUCGGACAAGAAAAAGAGGAAAGGAGCAAAGGAGAGUCCGAAGAAUUCGGAAGAGGCCUCGGAUGUGGAGAAGAAGACGGAGAAGGGGAAGAAAAGCAAGAGGAAAAAGAAAGGAAAACAAGAGGGGGUUUUAUCCGACAGCGAGGAGGACAAAGGCCCCGAAGCUGUGGCCCAGCAGAACCCGACGUCUGUGUGGAGCCACCAGUGCAAACAGUCCAGCCAGAAGGGCGGCUACAGCAGCGAAGCCUCCAGCGGACGGGCAGCCAACCGCACCCGGAGAAUAAAGAAGAAAGGACCCGUCGGCGACCCCCGGCCUCCUCCCUACCAGGGCGAGGGCGCGUCCUCUCGUCCCGGGGGGGGGCGCAGGGGGUCGUCCCCGCAGCGCAGCGAGGCCAGCGAGGACCAGGACACCGAGAGCUACCUCAACAAAGGCUGCGAGGAGGACAUACCCAGCGACAGCACCGCUGUGCUGGGACCGGAGGACGGCUCCGGCCCUCAGCUGCCGUCGGCCUACGAGCCGGAGCCCCUGGCCAAAUACGGCACGCUGGACGUCGCCUUCGAGUACGACUCCGGCGAGCAGUGGCUGGCGGUCACCGUCACCGCGGCGACGGACAUCCCCGCUCUCAAACAGACGGGCAACAUCGCGUGGCAAGUCCACCUGGUCCUGCUGCCCACCAAGAAGCAACGGGCCAAGACCGGAGUGCAGAAGGGUCCGUGUCCCGUCUUCACGGAGACGUUUAAGUUCUCCAGAGUGGAACAGGAGGCCCUGGGGGACUACGCCGUCCGCUUCCGCCUGUACAGCAUCCGCCGGAUGAAAAAGGAGAAGGUCCUGGGAGAGAAGGUGUUCUACCUGACUAAGCUCAACCUGCAGGGCAAGAUCGCUCUGCCCGUCACCCUGGAGGCGGGCUCCGAGCUCACAGGCUGCGGCUCCGUGGUGAGCGUUUCUCGCAGUGCCGGAGCUCUGUCCCACCGCUCGACCGAAGACUCUUCCAUGCCAGAGAUCCUCCUGGGUCUCAUCUACAACUCGGCCACGGGACAGCUAUCUGCUGAGGUCAUCCAGGGAAGCCACUUCAAGACCACGGCGUCUGAUAAACCCGUCAACGGUCUGUUCUGUUGCGUAAAACACUUCGUAGGGGGGCAGCUUUAUAUCAUGAGAGACACCUAUGUGAAGCUCACCAUGCUGGACUCAAAGGGGAAAGAGAUGUCCAAGUACAAGACGGCCGUGUGCCGCGGCCAGCCCAACCCCACCUACAAGGAGACCUUUCUGUUCCAGGUGGCGCUCUUCCAGCUGUCCGAGGUGUCUCUGGUGCUGUCGGUGUUCUGCCGGCGGAGCAGCAUGAGGCCCAGGGAGAGGCUGGGCUGGGUCUCCCUGGGCCUCAGCAGCACCUGCGAGGAGCAGCAGAGCCACUGGACGGAGAUGAAAGAGGCCGAGGGGCGGCAGGUCUGCCACUGGCACACCCUCACCGACACAUAG